AUGUUGCGUGUGAUACUCAUUAGUAUCUUGGCUGGUAUCGCUGCAUCAACUCUAUACAUGCACUUCCAAGGCCCCCCUCCGUUACCAGACAUCGACCUGGAAGAGUGGUGGGGGCCCAAGCUAGACAAAUCUAAGUACAACGAAGCUAUUGUACCUUUUCAAGUGCAGUUCACUAAUUCGACGAUCAGAGACAUCAAGCAUCGUUUAAAAACUCGUCCUCCGCUGACUCCGCCACUAGAAGGGAUAGCUUUCGAAUAUGGCUUUAACAGCAAGCAGCUGGAGACGUGGCUGAAGUACUGGGCGGAGGAAUAUCCAUUCAGCGAUCGUGAAAAGUAUAUAAACCAAUACAAACAUUACAAGACAAACAUUCAAGGAUUGGAUAUACACUUCGUGAGAGUAACCCCAGAGGUCCCUCCAGGUAAAGAGGUGGUACCACUGCUGUUACUGCAUGGCUGGCCAGCGUCCUUCCUGGAGUUCUAUGAUGCCAUACCACUUCUUACCGCCGUGAAUAAGGACAGGGAUUUCGCAGUUGAGCUGAUUAUUCCCAGCCUGCCUGGUUAUGGAUUUUCUAGUGGUGCAGUGCGUCCUGGUCUUGCGGCAGAUAAGAUCGCUAUCGUACUCAAAAACCUGAUGUCUAGACUAGGUCACAAGAAGUACUACGUCCAAGGGGGAGAUUGGGGUGCAUUGAUAGGCAGCAUCAUGGCUACAUUCUUUCAAAAGGAAGUGUUAGGAUACCACACGAAUUUUGCAACGUUGGCGACUCCAUGGUCCUCGACACUUCGUUUAUUGGGCUCAAUCUAUCCCCCCCUCGUGGUCAGUACUGAUUUGGCUGACAGAAUGUACCCCUUGGGAGAACGCUAUAGCUACAGUUUGCAAGAGACGGGAUAUAUGCACAUUCAGGCCACUAAGCCAGAUACAGUGGCCGUAGCUGUCGGUGACUCACCAUCAGGAUUGGCAGCGUACAUUCUAGAAAAAUUCUCGACCUGGACUAAAGCAGAAUACCGCUCGAGACCUGACGGCGGUCUCACGCAACACUUCACUAAGGAAAAGCUGAUUGAUAACGUGAUGGUCUACUGGGUGUCCAAAUGCAUCAAUACAUCUAUGAGGCUGUAUGCUGAGAUUCUUAAUAACCGGUUCUUUAGUCUGGGCCUCGACCGAAUCCCCACUCAAGUUCCAACCAGCAUAAUACAGCCGAAAUAUGAUCUCGCUUACGAACCGCCCUGGAUAUUGAAGUCAAAGUAUCCCAACCUUCUAAGAAUUACCGUCCUUGAUGUGGGGGGUCACUUCUUUGCCAGAGAAUUACCUGAUAUAUUUGCUGAGGACAUUUUGACAGCGAUCGUUUCGUUCAGGAAUUGGCACAAGGAAAAUAGUAAGAUUGAAUUGUAA